AUGAACAGCAGCAAGCAGGCGCUGAUUUACAGCUUCGUGGCCAAGGGCUCCGUCAUGCUGGCGGAGCACACGGCCUUCUCCGGCAACUUCAGCACCGUCGCCGUCCAGUGCCUCCAGAAGCUUCCCCCCAACAGCACCAGAUCCACCUACUCCUGUGAUGGCCACACCUUCAACUUCCUCGUCGAUCGCGACUUCGUGUUCCUGGUGGUCGCCGAUGAGACGGCCGGGAGGAGCGUCCCGUUCGUCUUCCUAGAGAGAGUUAGGGAAGACUUCAUGCAGCGGUAUGGGUCCAGUAUCGACGAGGAGGGGCAGCACCCACUCGCUGAUGAUGCCGAUGAGGACGACUUUCUGUUUGAGGACCGGUUCAGCAUUGCCUACAACCUUGACCGUGAAUUCGGCCCAAGGUUGAAGGAUCAUAUGCAGUAUUGUGUUAAUCAUCCGGAGGAAAUUAACAAGCUCUCCAAGGUGAAAGCCCACUUAUCGGAUGUCAAAGGGAUCAUGAUGGACAACAUUGAGAAGAUAUUGGAUCGUGGUGAGAAGAUUGAGCUUUUGGUGGGUAAGACAGAGACCUUACAGUCACAGGCUGACAGCUUCCACAGGCAUGGCAGAGAGUUGAGGAGAAAGAUGUGGCUUCAGAACCUGAGGUUUAAGCUGAUGGGGAUUCAAAUGUUAGAGCACACGAAGUUGCUCGCCUUUUCUUUUCAGGCGUUUGAUGUGUUCGCCGUGUCAUGUGCACAGAAUUGCCACCAAAUUGUGUUCGCCGGUAUCGCAAUCAUGUAG